CAAGAAUUCCAGGAAAUAUGAUGAUGACAGAUGAAACCUUCAACAAGAUUUGUGGAUCUGAUGUAAACAGCUACUUUGAGUUCUCCAUCGACAUGCUGGACUACCUAGACGAGAUUCUCAGCUUCCAGCAAGCAGUGUUUGGUUCACUGGAUAUGUCCCGCGCCAACUCGAUGACGACGUCGGGACAGUGCCGACUCGCUCCCCUCAUCCUGUGUAUCCUAGAUUCUUGCCAGCUGUAUGACUACCUGGUCAAGUCUCUUUUCCGACUUCAUUCUAGUCUGACACCCGACACACUCUCAGGUCACCGAGAGAGAUUCCUCAAGGGUUACAAAAGGUUAAAACAGUUUUACCACAGCAGUGCCACACUUCAGUAUUUCAAGAACCUAGUCCAGGUCCCGGCAUUGCCAGAGGAACCACCCAACUUCCUGAUAGCAUCUGACAUCAGUAAACAUGUGAAGCCUGUAGCAGUAGUCCCAUCAGAACCAGAGCCGGAACCAGAACCAGAGCUCGACACCCCAGAGGUGGAAAAUGUGGGCAACCUCAUAGACACAACUGAGGAGAUGGGCGCAUUCAAUUUCAACGGACGACCACCUGAACCGGAUGAACGUGACCAGCUUAUAGAACGACUUCAAAGAGAGAUUGAGUUCCUGAAACAAGAGAUGCACAGAAUGAAGACAGAGGAUGGUAGAAUCAUCCAGUCUUUAAAGGAUGAAAUCAGCAAACUGGAGAAGCUGUUAUCAGAACUAAGGCUAUCAGCUGAUAAAGCAUUAAAGGACAGUGAGACAAUGAAGAAGGAGAGAGAUGAAGCACAGGCCAGUCUAGAUGCCUUGGCAAAGCUACCUGAAGCUGAGAAACAAGCGAAGGCCAACCAAGAGAAGUUCCAGAAGAUGAAGGACAUCUAUGGGAAACUGAGGGAGGAGCAUGUGCAGCUUCUCAGGAAUCAUGCUGAUGUAACAAAACAACUUGCUUCAGAGAAGAAAGCAGCUGAUGAGAAGGAGCAAGUUAUUAAGGAGGCAAAGAUGGACCUCCAGCGCCUCGAGGAAGAGAAGCAGGUCAUCCACAAUAACCUGCAGAAAAGUGCAGAUGAGGUCACUGGACAGCUGGCUGAAGUCACUGGUAAAUGUUCUAUGCUGGAGAAUCAGAAAGAGGACCUUGAUAGUAAAGUAAAGAAUUUAGAGGACAGCAAAUCUUCUCUAGAAUCCCAGUUAGAGGAAAGUCAGACAUCAGUCGCCUCCCUUGAAUCCCGUCUGUCUGAGGUGCAGCAAGGAGGGGACCAGCGAGAGCAGGAGCUGUGCGGUCAGCUGUCCUCACUGCAGGCAACUUUGUCCACCACACAGAAGGAGAAUGAGGAGAGUGAGAAGAGGCUGAGUGAACAGGUGUCCCAGCUGCAGGCUCAGUUGGACCAAACUCUGGCUGAGAAGGCCUCGAAAGAGGAGUCUCUGACCCAGACGCUUGAUAAACUGCAGAAACAGUUGGAUCAGCUGAGGACAGACAAGCAGGACAGUGAAAGUCGGCUUGGUGGACAGAUUGAUGACCUGCACAAGAAGCUGUUAGAGAGGGGCGUGUCAGAAGGAAAGGCCAUAAUACAGGACGCCCUGGAGCAGAACGAGAACCCAACACACACAACUGUCACCUGUACAGCAGAAUAUUUACUGAUGAGGGCAGAACCUCUGUUGGAGAGUCUGACGAAGCUACGACAGAGUCAUGGUGCAUACACUGGGGAAAAGAAAGAUUUAGAUAUACUGAUUGGUACAAUCAGCAUGUUUUCACAUCGAAUGAGUGACUGUAUCGUGCAUGGGUUUGCCACGUCCCACUCUGCACAGAUAGAGCCGGGGGAGGAACUAGCCAAUGCUUGUCGAGAUACAGGGACUUCCGGGGUGUCACUGCUGGAUGCUGUUGGCAAAGGUGGCAGUGCAACAUCCGAGGUGGAUGAUUGCAUCCAGAAAGUGCAAUAUUUGAUGAAGCUGGCAGAGGACCUAGUCCCCAAGAUGGAGGACGUCAAAGCCGAGGAGAUUGGGGACCUAGUGGACAAGGAGAUGUCCUCAACAACCAAAGCCAUUGAAGAGGCAGCAAGGAAGAUAGAGGAGAUGCUGCAGAAGACGAGGGAGGACAAUACGGGUAUCGAGCUGGAGGUGAACGAAAGAAUCUUAGACGCCUGCACAGCUCUCAUGAAGGCCAUUAAGGUGCUAAUAGAGAAAUCCAGGGAUGUGCAGAAGGAGAUUGUACUUCAGGGCAGGGGGACGUCGACAGCCAAAGAUUUUUACAAGAAACAUCACCGCUGGACAGAGGGUUUAAUAUCUGCUGCCAAGGCUGUGGGCUUUGGUGCCUCCACACUCAUGGAGGCAGCAGACAAGCUGGUGAAGGGUGAGGGCAAGUUUGAGGAACUGAUGGUGUGUGCCCAGGAGAUCGCAGCCAGCACAGCACAGCUUACUGUAGCCUCCAAGGUCAAAGCUGAUCGAGGGAGUCAAGGAUUGUCAGAGCUGUCUCGGGCGUCAAAGGGAGUUAAUCAGGCCACAGGAAAUGUUGUGGCAUCUGCCAAAACUGCAUCACAGAUAGUUGAAGAUAAGAAUCUGAUGGACUUCACCCAGCUGUCUCUCCAUGACACAAAGAAGAUGGAGAUGCAGACUCAGGUGCGUGUGAUUGAGCUGGAGACUAUGCUGGAGAAGGAGAGGAGGAAGCUGGGUGAUCUGAGAAAGCAGCACUACAAUCUGGCCGGGGAAAGCGAGGGAUGGGAGGAAGGAGAGGAGAAUGGACUUGGGGAAGAUGUCAACUCCAACGUGCCAGUGUACAAAGACUGGCUGGGUCCGUGGGACUCUGAUAUGUUGUGAACAUUCUCGGGUAACCACGGUAACUGAAAAGCUGACGUGGUUGAGAAGAGAUGACUGGCGGUGGUAUUUUAAUCUGAGCGCUGUAUCAAGACAUCCCAGGAGAAUGUUAUUCACACAUGUUGUCACAUCAGUCAUCCCAAGAGGUCAUCAAGGUCACUAGGUCAUCCAAGGUCAUCAACUUUGUGAGAGGGCAUCAAGGGUCAAUGGGUCAGCAAGAAGAGUCUUCACGUGACACUCACCAAAGAGGUUAAAUGUCCCAUGCAACAGUUAAAGAACAGUGCUAUGAAUUAUUUCUUAAUGACUUUGAAAAAAAUAAGGGGCGAUUGUCAGAUACAUUGGACUUUUAAUGGACCACAUGUAGUGGCCCGAACUUGAAACAUUCAUCGGCACUCUCACACUUAUUGACCAGAAAAUAAAAUUAUUUCCUAAUAUUGAAAUACCUUCACAAUAUCCAUGUGUACAACUGUAUCAGAUUAUAUUAAACAAAGUAUAUGUUUCUGCAGAUACACAUGCUAAUAUAUUUGACAAGACUUGUGUAUUGGUCAAAUGUAUCCUUCUACUUAACAUGUAACAUUGCUAUUUACAUAAGACAUAACUAAUAAGUAGCGAUGCCUCGAUGCAUCAAUACUUUUUCUAAGACGAUACAAUUAUCGAUACAUUCAAAACUGUAUCGAUAUUGA